UGCACAUGCAUCAUGAGCUGUUAAUUCACACUGAACGAUGAAACCCUGCAGUUUCAUCGUUCAGUGUGAGCUGUAGCUGCGUGUUACGAUUGAAAAAAUCCCACAGUGUAUGCCCGGCUUUAGGCAGUGGGGACAGAGAAAAUGGCCCACUCAGACUCAAUGUCUCCAGCCACCACUGGGGUCUGGGAGAUGACCUCCCCGAGAAGAGGAUUUGAACACGUCCUUGACUGAGGGCUCUGCUCUUCUCUUGCCUUGGCCAGAAUAAACUCAGAAUCAGUCUACCCAGCACAGAAACUUUGUUGAAUUUUAACAUAUAUGUCACUUACAGAGAGAGAGAGUAGUCAGAUCUCAGCUCAGCUCAGUGUACAACAAAUAAAUAAAUAAAGACACAAAAAACAAAACAAGAAUAAUCUUUAAUGCAAAGGGUUAGACAAAUUAAGAACAGCAACUCAAAGAUGUUUCCUUAACUUGUUUUGAAAAAAUGUCCAGUGCAACAGGAAAGAGACAAUAUAUCAAAUGUAGAGAACAGGUGACAGCAUAACCACAACAGGAAACGAGGCAUUGCAAAUCUACAGCUAGCACCAUGUGGCUAUACUUUCAAAUGUCAUUUGAUCAGUUGGUUUACUUUUGUUGCCACAACCACAGAGGAAGAGGAGGGUUUUAUUCUUAGUGUCGGAAAAUAUUUAUCAGAGCUCUGAGAGACACAAUGAAGGAAACAACUGUCAGAUUUCUGCUCAUUCUGACAUCAAUGCUGGGCUGCACAACAAACCAAGGAGCUAGUUUUACUGUGAGUCCCAACAGAUCUCAGUUCUUUGAAGAAGAUUUUGUUACUCUCAGCUGUGUGGAGGACAAUGGCUCUGCUGGAUGGACUGUAUGGAGGAAUACAACCUGGGAAACAAGGACUCAGUGCACCGACGGAUGGGGGAAACCAGCUGGUUCUACCUGUAACAUGACCUUCUUGUUCCCAUCAGACAGUGGAGUUUACUGGUGUUCCUCCAGAGAGGGAGCAGCCAGCAGCAGCAUCAACCUCACUGUCACUGGUGGAUCAGUGAUCCUGCAGAGUCCUGUCCUCCCUGUGAUGGAGGGAGAUGACGUCACUCUGAGCUGUCUAACAAAGAACACUCCCUCCAACCUCCCAGCUGCUUUCUAUAAAGACAAGGUCUUCAUUGGCAAAGAAACUUCAGGCAAUAUCACCCUCCACCAUGUGACCAGCUCUGAUGAAGGCCUCUACAGUUGUAGCAUCAGUGGUCAUGGAGAGUCUCCAUCCAGCUGGAUCUCUGUUAAAGUUCUUGAAAGCACUCCAGACCAGAUUCUUUCUUCAGCUUCCUCGAAGCUUCAUGUUUUCAUUCACCUGGUUGUGUUUUGUCCCUACCUGAUCACCACUCUUCUGAUGCUAUCUAUAUAUCAGCAAAAAAACACAGGACAUGAUCUACACACCUCAGUGGUUACGACCUCUUCCUCUGAAGCUGAAUAAGGAUUGAAUGAUCUGUGUGAUUAUGUAAUAAUUGUUGUCACAUCAAAGUAUCUCGCCUUUUUCUUUUAUUUAGAGAUUUCCGCAUAAAUAAGACUGGAAUACUGGCAGGUUUUGAAAGGAGAAUAGGUAAUAUUACACAGCUCUGAACAACUUCAUGUGUUAAUUUUGAAGGAGAUAAAGAUCCACUUUGACUGUCAAUCGAGGAGAAACUAGCAGUUCAUAGAUUAUAAGGAAACAUUUCUGGACAGAAACCAGCUUUUAUUGUGUUUUUCAUGUCUUUCAAUUUAUGAAAUUUGAUGUUAUACUGUAUGUUAGAAGCCCAUGAUUAUCCUGCUCUAUCUGCUUUGUGCUUGUUACAUUUGUUGUUGGGGAACCAAAAAUGUUUACUACAGAACUUAUAAAGAAGAAAAGGUUGUGACGUGCAUAUUUAUCUGUAUGUCCUAAUAAAUCAUAUGCAUUAUAAAGAUCAGUAUACUAUUAAACCUGUUUUGCUCAGGGUGAGUUUGAAAAGUAAGUCUAAGUGGAGAAUGGUGUGUUCAACAUAUUGAAACCACACCCUGCUGUUGGUCACAUUUACUUCACCAGAUUUUGGGGCAGCCUUAAGCCUGGGUUAUGUUUGAAACUAUGCAUGUCCAUAGCUUUUAAACUCGUUGCUGCUUUUUUCAUGUAGCAGAUAUUCAGGACCACUCUUGGGGUCAGUGCAGGACACAGACCUGUAGAAAUACAGAUUCUACUUCUAUAGAUUUCCGAUUACAUAUUUUGGACCCAGUGGAUUCCGGUCUGGUACCUGUCAGUGGUCAAGUAUUCCAGCUUGUGGACGGUGCUCUCCUUGCCCAUGUAGACACAGGGUGUAUGAACGUUUACCACAAAGCUGCUGGUAUUUUUAUUCUCCAUGGACGUUGUGUCCAGGAGGCGGAAUAGUGACUGUUUUUAAAAGUUGUUUUACCUGCAAACAGUUAUCUACAGGCUCUUUUAGCGGCUUUGAGCUCAGCCUAUUCAAACUUGGCAGCUCUAAUGCUGUUCUAAGUGCUUUGGUCUAGCGGCUACCGAAGUACAAUAAAAACUUAUUUAAGAACAUUUCAGAUUGUUUUGUGGAUGUUAUGCCAAAGUAUGAGAGAGUUCUAUUUCAUCCUUACUGACCACCAGAGGUUAGUGCUAAAAGCACUGAAUAUUCCCUUUGGGCAUUUGCAAUUUGAGUAAUUAUAUCAACAGAGUAACAUCUGUGACACUCUGGAUGACCACUCAGAGGCUAUAGUAAUGUCAUCCAGGGCUCUGUUCCCUUAUUCUUCUCACAAUUGGUCUGCUAUAUGCAAUUGCUUCCCCAUUGUUUGAUGCCCCUGUCUGGCUCACUGGAGUUGCGUUCUUUCUCUGCCCUCCCAGGGUUGCAAUUGGUUGAUCUGCUUGAGGAUUUCGUAAGGUAAGUCCGCUGUUAAUUGGUAAUGGUAGAAUCUAUGUCCCCCUCUCCCAAAUUAUGGCUUCUCGUUGCCGUGUUGUGGUACUACUGCGGCUUGGUGCUGUUUUCGUUGAAAACUGGUGAUGGUUUAUUGGUUUUAUACCUGGUGAUGGCAGGGUUUCGCCCCCCUCUCCCAAUAUUAGUCUCUUUUUUUGGUCUGCUCCGCUAUAACUUGUGAUUUUUGUUUGUUUUUCAUUUGUCAACUGGUCUGAGCCCUGUUGACCUUUGACAUGGAUGGCUCCCACUGCUGCGUGGAUUGUGGGGCUUUCCCCAAGGCAGAGGAUUGUCGUGACUUGUGCCCUACCUGCCUUGGAUAUGAGCACCUUGUGGAGGCGCUGUCUGAUAAUCCCUGCAGGAAUUGUUGUGCCCCCAGGAUGGCUCUAACCCUCUACCCUCUAGGUAGGUGGCUCCCCCAGACAUUCUAAGCACCAUGGUGGGACAAAGGUCUUGGUGCCCCCCUCUAGCAGGAAACGGGCCAAGCUUGAUCAGGGCAUGGCCACAAGGGUAGAACUGUUGUCGGCGGAAUUGGCAGAGAUUAAGUCCUUGUUGUAGAAAUGUCUGUCUGAUGCCUCACUUUCAGUGGCUGGGCUGCCUUCCCCAACCAUGCCUGGUCUGGUUGCGGAGGAGGACGUCUUAUCUCUGGCUGCUUCUACUUCUCAUUUUAAAGAUGAGGAGAAGGAAGGGUCCUUUCAAGCCUCUAAGACCAGGUCAUUAUUAUCUCAGAGUGCGGUCGGGGAGGCUGGUGACAGUUCCAUGCGGGAUGUCAUGUCUAUGACUCUGAAGCAGCUGCAGCUGGAACUCCCACAAGGAGAGGUGUUUGAAAUUAAAUGAAAUAACAGCUGUUCUACCAAACCCUUUGUUAUCUGUAUAUUUGAAUGUACUUAUGCAAGAAAAAUAAACAACACAGUGGUUAUGUUACAAUUUAAUAUGUGAUCAAUAUUAACCUCAACAUGAACAGCCCCCUCUCUGCCACCGAUUGGGUCACUGAUUCUCAUGCCUACAUUUGACCAAAGUAAUCAGUAAAAGCAAUGAUUAAUAGCGUGAGUCCUGGACUCCAACAGUGGAUGUCACAUCUCUUUAAGACCAAUAAUGCUGGGUUAAAUUACUGUGAUGUGAGCAGACUAAAUCCUCCAAUGUUAUGCCUCAUUAAAACCAACAGCAGCAACCCCACCGGCCUCUUAGGCUGCUUUGGUCUGGAAGUGAGAGGAACCAUUUGACGUGAAGCCCUGUCUUUUGAAAUGUGGUGGUGAACCCAAAACUUUAUCCUGCCUGCAAUUCAGAAGGAUCUGGACACAGUGUUUACCUCCCAAAUUCUGUGUGCUGUGAAAUACAUGAGAAACCAGCAGUUUUUUCAUCUGCGUUUCGAUCACACUCUCUUGCUGCUGUCUCUGAGACAGGGCCCAACUCCUAGAUGCUGGACCAGACUGAACUGAACACCAACCCCCACAGCAACAACACCCUGUCACGUGCUUGGGAUUUCACCGGGUCGGUAGAUAAGGUAGUUUUUGCAUGUAUUGUAUUGAAAAGCUUGAUCUUGAAACCUAAUGGUUUUAAUCAAAAACUGGUUCAGAACUGAACACUGACUUCAUGAAAUGUGUGUGAAUGAGCGUGUGAAUGGCUGCAAAAGUUGAUUUUCUCUUUUCCUCUUUGACCUGUAGGAAGGGUGAGUGGUUCACAUCAUUAGCCUCUUUUUAGGCCAGGAGUGUAUAGAGGCGGCCAUUUUGUCAGUUUAAUGAUCCAUUGUUCUCCCCCAACACUGUUGGCUAGGCUAUCUCAUUUUAACCACAUGGUAUACAGGCAACACCUUUGUGAGAUUUAAAACCCUUUGUCGUAGCGGAGUCCCGCCUUGUAGGUGGAUUUCGUAAUGUUAUCUGAGCUAGCGCAUUUUGCUACUGUGCUGCUACUUUUUAAUGCAUUUGUGAAUCAUUGUCACUGUAAACCAAAUGAAGCAACAUUUUUGAUAGCAGCUAAGAUCUCCGCAUCAGUUCUUAUUCACAUGUACCUGCUGCUGCUUUAAAAGGAUACCACCGAAUUAGGGUGCAUUCAUUGCACCCUACCUAAAAAGUUGUUGAAUGGACUUACUUCCCUCGUCUUCCCUUUUUAUAAGCUUUCCUUUUACCUUGUACUUAUUUUCAGUAGUGUGUAGUAUUUGUAUAGAUAUUAGAUACACUGUAAUAGGGAUUAUUAGCAAA